UCAACAACAACACCAACAACAACAACCUCAACAAAUCCACCAACAACAACAACACCAACAACGUCAACAACAACGUCAAUAGUUCCAACAAAAAAUCCCACUACACAGACAAGUUCACACCCAGCAAACAAGCAAAUGCUUCCUGGUUUGGUGAUUGGAACAGUCGUCGUCCUCCUCCUCCUCCUCCUCGUCUUCGUCUGCUUUCUUUGGAGACGUAGGUCUAAGAGACGAGGAACUGAAGAGAAAGCACCAGUGUAUGAGGAGAUACAGGUCAGCUCAGUGUGUCAGCCUUCAAAUGAAAGCUCCAAAGGAAUUACAAAUACAUACUGCAUGGUGACUUUUCCAGGCAGAUCAAACCAGGAACACAUUCAACCAUCCAUGAACUUCAGACAACAGCAAACAACACUGCCUGUUGAGUGUCCGUACUCCCUGAUCGUCAGCACUUCACUUGAUGGAGAUAAUAAAGGUUCGUCGCAGCUGACUGACAACACGUAUUACUCACUGGAGUAAUACGCUGGAAACAACAGCGACCAAUAUGUAUAGUUUUACCCUCCUACACCUGUUUGACCUAAACCACCUGUGAUUAGGUGAAAACUUGCUGAGUUGUCUAAAGGAUUUUUACACUGAUAAAAACUGACACAGAUUUUUUUAUGUGCCGUUUGUUAUUCUUUUUUUUUUUUUUAACAAAUAAUUAAAGAGCUAAAUGACCAAAACUUCUUAUUUUAAUCUAUGAUGCUUCAUGACUCUAAAUGUAUUUAAGUUAGACAUAAAUGUGAUGAUAGCAGCGUCUGUCGCCAGCUGCUGAGAACAGACUCACACUGUAAGUGUUUGCAGAAAUAAGCUGAGCAGUUUAUGUAAAUUCAAGCAGAGGAAGGACAGAUGAGGACAGAUGAGGACAGGCGAUGACUCUACAGCCUCCUUACCUACUUCUUAUAAUAUUAACUAAUACUAAUGAAAUAAGAACCACAUUAUGAGAUUAUCAGAAUAAUGCGGUGCCACUAUAGUUUGCACAGGAGCUUGUCAGUGAACACCAGACACACAUUAAAGCAGUGGGCGUUUUUGUUGGCUGUGUCAUUUCUCAACAGAGGUGUCACAAUAAAAAGGUUUCCUGUUGCAGUUUGGUUAAGCUGAGCAGCUUUUAGAGUUUUAGAGUCACUUAGUUCCGGUUUAUUUCUUAUUUCUUCUGCUGAGGCAACAUGCUGUUUGCGCACUUUGAUCUCCACGCUAUUAUCGAACAUGUGCUCAGAUGUCGUGUUCGACAUUUUGGAUCAUGAAUCGUUUCAUUGUCCGGAUGACAGAGAACAGCUGCCCGUUGGCCUCCGGUCCGGGCUGUGACCUGAUGAUCUGUAGCUGUGAGCUACUUCAUCUCACCUGCCGUUUAAAUGAACAAUACCGUGUUUAUACUGGUGAUUUUCAUAAUGCGCCUGCAUGUUCCAGUUUGAUCUACUGGUACCUGUUCCACUGUGAGUGGGAGAGUCCGACGCUCCAGCCUCUCCCUCCUCUCUUGUGUUCCCGGUGUUUCACCUCCGUAGUGUUUCUCGUGUGUCCGUUGUCUGUUUUCCUGUCCUCGUGAGUCUGGGCCUGGGCGUGGCUGACCUACUUCGGGAUUCCCGCCAGUUCUCCUGCUCGCCUGUACCCGGUCCAUCAGUCAACCACGCCCCUUACCUGCAGUUAACCAGCCGGAUUGUCGCUAAACUCCUGUGGUAACGUGUGACUGGUUAAAGUCCUGCUCUGUCUCAGGUUCACCUGCACCUGUCUCUCAGUGCCGCUGCCCUGGUUCACCUGGAUCACCUGGUUUGCUGCUCCCUUACUUCACCUCACCUGUUUCCUCUGUUGCCUUUAUUUAUCUGAGCUGAUCAUUUCAAUAAUCAAACUAUAUAAAUGACUCAGCACAUUUUAAACAACACCUCAAAAACACAAGGUGAAUAAAAGACAAUGAAACAGUUUCACUCAGGAGUUCGGUGCAUUGUGGACCGGGUGCUAGUCGCCCACGCGACCUGGGCCCGGACCCAGAAAAGCGGCAGACGAUGACACGACAUUAUCUUAUGUUAAAGCACGAACAUCUUCAGGUGUAAAGCUGAGUUCUGUGGUCUCACUCUCACUCUCUGAACAGGAUGUGGUGGGAUCUCAGCAGUCUCUGCCGAGUCACGCUCUGGAUUUCUGUUGAAACCCACACAAGAUGUUUGUGGUCUGCUGUGAUCAGAGCCCCACAGUGGUCCGGUUUUCAGUCCCAGAGGAUCACCACGUCUGUCUGCAGUGUGACUCUGACACGUCUCAUGUGAUCUGGACUCGUCAGGACAGGCAGGUCCUGGUGACCAAACAGGGCAGCCACGAGACCAACGAGGACCGCCACCGCUACCUCCUGCUGUCUGACGGAGGCCUCUGCCUCCUGCAGCUCGAGGACUCUGAUAACGGGGAGUAUCGCUGUAACCAGCGGCUGGUGGCCGAGGUCCAGGUGUUGACAGGUCAUGACUUCCUGGUGUCUGCAGGUCGGACCCUGCUCCUUCCCUGCAGCCAGUCCUCCAAACCCAAACAGAGGUGGUUUCACCGGAGGACAGGAGGGAGGCGGGAGGCCAUCUUCACCCGCUUCAGAAACGGUACGGAGAAACCAGAGAGGGAGGGGGGCCGGCUCAGCUUCAAGAACAAUGCCCUGCAGAUCCAGGACCUGCAGCCAGAGGACGCUGGGGAGUAUCAGUGUAACGGGGAGCUGCGGGGCAGAGUCUCCGUCCUCACAGUGAACCCGGAGCUGACCAGCAUCCAGGCAUCCAGCAGCACCAACAUCUGUCCAACAUCUGCUGCAGUGAGAACAGAUGUGGUUGAAAUAAACAAAAAGGAGAAGAAGAGAACUGAGAACGCUCUGUUGAUGGUUGCCGUCGUUGGUUUGGGGUUAGUGAUCGUCCUCAUGAGCGCCAUCUGUGUUUUACUGACCAGCAUGAAGUGCAGGAGGAAGAAGAAGAACGGAUACGCAGCAGCACAGAGACAUGAAGACACAGAGCUGCAGCCGUGGAAGACGUCCAGCGGACCAGCAGAGUCUGAGGCGUUAGAGAGUCCGUCCCCACUGGAGGAGACGAUCCACUACGCCUCUCUGGGCCGACAGAACUGGAAGGAGAGACCCUGCAGGACUCCACCGGACCAAGACCAGCACCAUGUUAUCUACUCUUGUGUCAUCACCAGACCUGAGGAGAAAUAGAUUCUGAACACAGAGAUUUGAAUUUGCUCUAAGUCCAAACGCAUCAUUACUCUCAGCUGCUUUGCCUUGUUAGCUGCUUCCAACACUCUGGGUGAGGUGUUGUGUUGCUGUGGUGUUGACUUUGUUACACAAGUACAGAUCCUUCAUCGGCUCAAGAAAGAUUUCUAAUCUAAUCAAACUGAUCGAUCCUUCUGUUAUGAAACUGACUGAUGAUGAUGUGUUUGCAUACAAAAGAAAAGACUCCACAUAAGGAGAACACAGUAAAUAUCAGUUUAUUGAAAAGAAAAGCCACUGAUUGGUAAAUAUGCAGGACAAACACAGUAACAAGUGAUGCACGUCACAGGUGUGUCAUCAGUGUUUGGUGAGCAGAGACAGUAUUUCACUCUUCACUCAUCUCAGACUAUAAUACUUUAAAUGUAUUAUAGUCUGAGAUGAUAAAUAAAAUAU